AUGCCCGAGUCGCCAUCUGAACUUCAUGCAAUGUCAACUCAGUGCAUUGGAGGACUUGGCGAUGUUGGUCGUGUUCUUGCUCAGUGGAUGGUAAGUCGAGGCGCUCGAGAGCUCGUAAUCAUGUCGAGGUCCACUAGGCGCGUAGAAAGGGAGCAGUCAUUCAUCAAGGAGCUCGAGGCACAGAAUUGUCAAAUCAUCACCGUCGCCGGAGAUGUGACUAAUUUAGAGGAUGUGAAGGCAGCUGUGUCUAGCUGCACCAAACCUCUUGCGGGCGAGAUCAACCUAGCUCUCUCCCUACAGGAUCGUAUAUUACUACACAUGACCCAUGCUGAAUGGAAGUCGGCACUGACACCAAAAGUAUCCGGGACAUGGAAUCUCCAUCGGGCCGUAGAAGGCCAGCCGCUGGACUUCUUUCUUGUUUUGAGUUCCUUGGUCGGUAUUACGGGUCACGCUGGUCAGGCUAACUAUAGUGCUGUCUGCACGUAUCUAGAUGCUUUUACCCAAUACCGUCGGCAAAUGGGCCUUCUCUCUUCGGUGUUCGACAUUGGCCCCGUUGCGGGUUCAGCAGCAAUCGAGGACCAAGCUGUUUCUCGUCAACUAGAUACGGCGGGAUGGACUCGAUUAAGCAAACAGCAACUCAUCGCCAGCGUGCAGCUCGCCAUUUCUGAUGAGCUGAUAAUUGGGUUCUUCCGGAGUCUUAGCGAGACGGGGUAUACAAAGAUGCUGGAAGAUGAUAUAUAUGGCCGGGAUGCGAGGCUUUCAAUGUAUCAGAACUUGGUCGCUCGUGCAGACAACCGGAAGCCUGACAACCAGAUCAAGCUGCUCUUUGAGAGGGUCGAGAAAGAUUCUCGCCUUUUUAGCGACCCGGGGACGCAAACCAUACUGGUCCUAGAACUGGCAAAAUUGAUCAAUCAUCGUACUAGUCAGUUGUCAGAAAUGGACCUGGGACAGGCACAGGCCGUGGCUGUUGAUUCAUUAAUGGCCAUAGAAGUGAAGUCCUGGCUAAGUCGGCAACUUGGACUACAUGUCACCGUGGACGAGAUAACGAAAGCGAACACGGUGGGAUCUUUGGUGCAUAUCAUUGUUCAACGUGCGAAGGCAAAGUACAGAGCUGAUGACAAUGGUACUGCUUCUACCAAAGAGAGCUGA